UUCCCCUUUAAGGAGUCUGCUUACGUGUCCCUAGAUCUUGUGUCUUGAUAAGAUUUCAUCAAGAUAAUUGCCGAUCUCCUGGUUGAGCCCAAUUGCCGAGUGGAGUCGAUUAAACAGCACAAUUGCUGCGCGAUCAACAGUUAGCCGUGGGGCGGGGCCGACACUCAAUUGUCAACAAAGAGAGCAACCAGUUAAUUGCAAUUUCCUUUAAUUCCAGUUUGCAGACAAAAUGUCAACGCAGCAGCAGCAAUUGGACUUCAUUGAGCGCUACCUGGUGUACGAUAUUUUCAAGUACUUUGGCUCUGGCGCUGAGCUGGAGGCGCACAGCGUCGAGUGCUCCAAUGGACUGGACGGCUUCAUGUCCGCCCUGUACACGGUGCAGCUGGACAUGAGCAUCGCGGGCCGCAAGCAAACCGAGGUGGUGCUGGUGAAGUUCAUGAAGGGCACGGAGGAGUUUCGCGAGAGCAGCAACUCGUACAUUCAGUUUGGCAACGAGACCUUCGCCUACGCCGAGAUCCUGCCCGCCUACGAGCACUUGUUGAGGGCGAGCCGCCUAUCCAGCGAUGUGGUGACCAACUGGGUGCCGCGCUGCUACUAUGCCAAGUUCGGCCAGGUGGAUGGUCUUGGCAGCGGUCGCGAAUCCGUGCUGGCUCUGAAGCACCUCAAGGGCGAUGGCUAUCAGCUGGGACCGCGACUGACCCUGCGACGGGAUCAGCUGGAGGCCAUGGUGGGCCUGAUUGGCCCCUUCCAUGCCUUGGGCUAUGCCACGCGUAUCCUGCAGCCGCAGGUCCAUGCCCGCCUACGCUCUGGCAUCGCUGAGAUGCCCUUCGUCUCCAGUUCGGGUCGGGCCAUCUUCGAUGUCCUGUAUCGCGUGGCCUUCGAUCGCUUCUAUGAGUUCUAUGACAGAAAAAAGGAGCAACUUCUGGGGGAAGCCAAGGAUGAGGGCUUCGGGGCUGCCAUCGAGCGUUUGCGCUCAAAAUACUUUGCAAAUCCUACGCACCUCUUGGAGUGGAUUCGCACCACUUCCCGAGACGAAGAUCAGCCGGAUAGUUACUUUGCCACGAUCCUGCAUGGCGACUACAACCGGAACAAUGUCCUCUUCCACUAUGGUGUGGAUGACAAGGUGGACGGCAUUCGGGCCAUUGAUUUCCAGGAGCUGCGCUUCAGCACCACGGCCAUCGAUCUGAGCUUCUUCUUGUACAUGAACACGCCAUCCGAGGGACGGGAGGAGAUCUAUGCGGAUCUGCUGGGCAAGUACCAUCAAAACAUGAUCGAAAUGCUGGAGCUGGUGGUGAGGCGGAAUCAGGGAGAGCUCAGCGAGGAGCGAGUGGAGCAGCUGCUCAAGGACUACAGCUUCGAGCGCUUCCAGGCUCAUUUCAAGCGCUAUGCCUUCUACGGCGUUCUGGUCUGCAUGCACUUCAUGCCCUGGCUUUUGGGCAGCGAGCGGGACUGCGCCGAGCUAUCGCGACUCUUUGACACGGACAUGCAUGGCCCGGCCUUCCAUCAGCUGUCGCUGGACAUAGCCGGUGACGUGGCCAACGAGGAGAUCUUCAAGACGAUGCGUCAUGCCUACGAGCAGGGCUACAUGGAGGAGAUAUAAGCCAGGCCCAAGCCUUGUUAACCACUAAAUACAUUCCAAAAGUUGGCAACCCACUUUUGAGCUAAUCUCUGUCUGAA